UGUCCCAUUCCUCGAGCCACUGGUGGCACCCACUGGUUUUACUUGAGUUAAAUUAUAAACACAUCAAAUCAGGACCACCCAACCCACUCCCUAAUUCAAUGCCUGCUCCAAUUCCGUAUUUAUUUGGGGAUGGAUUUGAUUUCCUUUGAGGAAAUCCCGCUCUGAGGGCCCUGAACUCGGAGCCAUCGAUCCAUAUCCCGACCCGUGGGCCACGAACCAACCAGCAGGAACUUCCACUGGCUGUAACCCUCCGUGACUGGGGUGUUGUGCAACACCUUCAGCAAACACUUCCUCAUGUAGGAACAAGAAUAAAGCCCAGGCAAGUCUCUCCCUCUCAUUCUCAGCCCAGCCUGGGAACGCGACAUUCCCGGAGCACGGACACCUCGGCAUUCCCGGGGCACGGACACCCCACCGGAGCAGCACAGCUGGGAGCAUGAAAAUACUCCUCCUUCCUGCCCUUUUCCUGCUUUUUCUCCACCAAGGGAGCACCAGCAGGGAGUUACCUGGAGUGGAGAGCUAUGAAAUAGUUUAUCCACAGAAGUUGCGCUCGGUGCAGAAAAGGAGCCCGGGAAGGAACACCCAGACCAAAUAUGUUGACAAGGUGGAGUAUGGAAUCAAAGCCAACGGCCAGGAAGUCGUCCUGCAGCUACAAAAAAAUAAGGAUCUUUUAGGUGGAGAUUACACCGAAACCGUUUAUUCGGACGACGGUCGACAAAUAACAAGAACUCCUCGGAUCAAGGAUCACUGUUUUUAUGAAGGUCACGUUCAGGAUGAUGCUGAGUCCACAGUGAGCAUCAGCACCUGCCAAGGGCUCAGUGGCUAUUUUGAGACCCGUGGCCAGAGGUACCUCAUCGAGCCCCUGGGAGGCUGGGAGGGAGCAGAACACGCCGUUUAUAAAUACGAGGCACUGAAACAAGAGCCCAUCAAAACCUGUGGCCUCUCCAACAACAGCUGGGAACAGGAUUCUGACGACCCCAUCAACGACAUCUUCAAAUCCAGCAACAGCCCCGAGAUGAAAGAGUAUCUGAAAGCCAAAAAAUACCUGGAGCUCUACAUAGUUGCAGACAACACUCUGUACCAGAACCACGAUAAAGAUGUCAAAGCCAUCAGACAGAGGGUGUUUGGAAUCGUCAACUACGUCAACACGGUUUACAAGGCCAUCAAUAUCCACGUGGCUCUGGUGGGGUUGGAGGUGUGGACGGACGGGGACAAGCGGCCCCUGAGUAGGAACGCCGGGAUCACCCUGGACGCCUUCGCCAAAUGGCGCCGCUCGGACCUGCUCAAGAGGAAGGGGAAUGACAACGCUCAGCUCAUCACGGGCCUCAACUUCGAGGGGACAACGAUUGGCUUGGCCUUUCUCAAGUCCAUCUGCAGUAAUUCAUAUUCUGCAGGUGUUAUUCAGGACCACAGCAGGAACGUCAUCGCCGUGGGCGCCACGAUGGCCCACGAGAUGGGGCACAACCUGGGCAUGAGCCACGACACCAAGGCCUGCUCGUGCGGCACCGACGUCUGCAUCAUGACAGACACCGUCAGUUCCUUCAUUCCCAAGGAAUUCAGCUCGUGCAGCCUCCAAAGCUUUGAGAAGUUCAUGUUGAACGACAUGCCCGAGUGCCUGACCGACAUUCCCGACGUGAGCAGCAUCAUCGCCCCCCCGGCCUGCGGGAAUGGCUUCGUGGAGAGAGGAGAGGAAUGCGACUGUGGCACUCCUGAGGAGUGCACCAACGACUGCUGUGACCCCGAGACCUGCAAGCUGACCUCGGGCUCUGUCUGUGCCCACGGGGAGUGCUGUGAGAACUGCCAGUUUAAGAAGUCAGGAGCAGUUUGCAGGGCAGUGAAGGACGACUGUGACCUGGCUGAGAUGUGCUCUGGGAACUCUGCCAGCUGCCCCACGGAUCGAUUCCGGGUCAACGGGCACCCCUGCAACUAUGGAGAGGGGUAUUGCUACAUGGGCAAGUGCCCCACCAGGGACAGCCAGUGCAAGGCUGCCUUUGGACCACAGGCGACGGACGGACCCUCCUCCUGUUACCGCCUGAACGAGCGGGGCGCGUACUACGGGUACUGCAGGAAGGAGCAGGGCACCCACCUGCCCUGCAAGACAAAAGACAAACUGUGUGGGAAGCUGUUCUGCUCCGGAGGGAGGGAGAUGCCCCGGGAGGGGAGCCUGGUGACUGUUAAUUCCUGCAAAGCAAGUUUUCCUAAAAAUGGAGAUGAUGAGGACCUGGGCAUGAUUCUUGAUGGAACCAAGUGUGGAAAUGGGAUGGUGUGCAGCAACGGAGAGUGUAUCUAUGCUGAGGAGGUCUUUAGAUCAACCAACUGCUCUGCCAAGUGUUCUGGACACGCUGUGUGUGACCACGAGCUGCAGUGCCAGUGUGAGGAAGGAUGGGGACCACCCACCUGUGACAGCUCCUCAGCCUUCACCAGCAUUGCCAUCGUGGUUGGGGUGCUGGCUGUCCUGGCUGUCACAGCCACUGCUGCAGUGCUGCUCAUCCGCUUCAGAAUGGCCAAGGAGAGUCACCAGAACAGGAGUGGACCUGGAGCCACCAACCAAGUGUUUGUGGAUCAAGAGGAGAGGUGCAGAGAACCCCCAGGCCUGGCAGUGCCUGCCCAGAAGGUGGAUGGGAAGAAACUCCUGCUCCCUGUGCCCCCACCUCAGGAGAACAAACCCCAGCUCCAGAGUCCUGCAUUAAGGCCUAAAGGUCCCCCACCUCCUGUUCCUUCCACCAAAGCAGCCUCAUCUCACCCAGAGGAGAAAUUUGCACCAGAGAGGAAACCUCCUCAUCUCCCAGUCCCCAAAGGCAAACCUCCACCACAGGUAACCCCAGUUCCAGUGGGAACAGCAAUUCCUUUGGGAUGUAAUUCCUUGAAACAGCCCCGGGCACCCUCUGACGUGUGUUUUAACUCCUUCUUUUCCACCCAGGCUUUAAAACCCCCAGUGAAUCCCCGAGUCUGAAGUUUCUGACACAGGACUGAUGGAGACAUUUUCAGGGACAAUUUACUUGCCCCUCCAUUCCUGCACUUUUGGCAAAGGCAUCCAGGAUCAUCUUCCUCUUCUCCUUCCGACAAGAACAACGGACUGGCGGCUGCUUGGGAAGAAAAGGGUUGGACUCUGAGCAGUGAGGAACAUUUUGGUGAUGACACAGAGCUUCUGCCCAAGAGGAAACGAAGCAGAGUCACUCUUUGCACUGAGGUGUAGACUGGGAGUAAAUUCCCAAAGCUGCUGAACACAUCCCAGCUCCUGGGCCAGCACCCAAGGAGUGGCUGCACCCAAACUGCUCCUCUGGGCACAGACCCCAGGGAGUGAGGGAAUGUGAACUGUUACUUGGUUUGGCUCCAUUUUGGGAUCUCUGCCAGCCCCCUCCCUCCUCCACAACACACCAGACCUUCUUCACACAUCAUCCUAAACUGCACAAGAUACUCUUGGAUACUCAAGGAAUCCUCUCAGCCAUCACAUGUCCCUGUCAGCAGCAAAAGCACGUGGAGUUCAAAGCAACAGGGAUUUGGGGAGUACAUCAAUGCAAAGGAAGAACAAAUCUGCUUCUCCAGGUGUCUGGGAUGGUCCCUGCAUUGCAGAGGUGUGAGUUCUGGAGAAAGAUAAACCCUUCCUGCCCUUUGGGGAGGAGUUGGUGUCCUUGAGGUCUGAACUAGAUGUGGCCUGACUGAGAUGACACACUGGAAACGGGGUCUGGAAUGAUCCUUUGGGAUGGGAUUCUCUCAAUAACCCUUAGAUUCCCUGUUAAACAAGAUCCCUGUUGUGAGGAGGGAGAGCUGGAGAGACUCAGGAGCUCCAAGUGCUGCUCCAAGAGCUCCAGAGCUCUGGCUGUGCCACUCCACAGAGCUCCAGCUGCUCCACUGCCCUGGGACAGGGAAACCCAGCAAAGCAGCCCCACCAAAACCCUCCCUCAGUCCUUUCCCUGCCCCCUCAGCUCCACAAAGAUCCAAGGAUUCCUCCCUUCCAGGACACCCCCACCCUCCCUUUGGUGCUCCUGUCUCCCUGAGCUCCCCCCGGGGGGUUGUUGUGGGGUCACUCCUGGGAACCAGGGGUUGUUUUUGUGGGAUGAGUUUUCCCACUCUGCUUCAUUCCCGAGGGUCCCUCAUCCCUCCUGCCCUGUUGGCAUCACUCUGGGCACGUUGCCCAGCUGGGAUGGCUCUGUUGGCACUGGUGUUAAUGGUGCUGGGAGCUGCUGUUGCCACUGGCACUGGGAGCAUCCCUGUGCUCGGCAUCCAGGGUUGGAAGUUCAAGCUCCCAGAAGUUGUUUUUUCAAGAGCAAAUAUUCUACCAGGGGAGAAGAAGAAAAAAAAAAAAGGAG